CAACCUUUCACGCUAACGCUCAUUCAGUCUUCUUUUUUUGUCGAUGGCAUGGUGCUAAGCUGCCACGGCAAGAACAACGAAAUCCAUCGACCAACCCCUUUAAAUUCGAAUAUCUCAGGGGAACUAGUUGACUCGCUUAAGUUUUGGAAGUAUAUGUCGUCUAUUUCGCAUUGAGCGAGCCCGGUAGACUGCCGUUUGGCUUGCUCAUUCUUUCCCAAGGUUAGCUAGCUCGCUGGCUAACGAUAGCCGAUUACCGCUGAACUAGUUGAGGAAAAAAAAAAAAAAAAAUUACUCAGGAGCCCUCUGUCACUCACUACUACGCUUUUGGCUUGUUGGUGUUUCUGAAGAAAAAUAUUCGGAUUCGACGGCAAACAUGGCGGAGGCCGACAAACUGAACAUUGAUUCCAUCAUUCAGCGUCUGCUGGAAGUGAAAGGCUCCAGACCUGGCAAGAACGUCCAGUUGACAGAAAACGAGAUCCGGGGUCUUUGCCUGAAAUCCAGGGAGAUCUUCCUCAGCCAGCCAAUCCUGCUGGAACUGGAGGCGCCUCUUAAGAUUUGUGGGGAUGUUCACGGACAAUACUACGACCUAAUGAGGCUGUUCGAAUACGGGGGCUUCCCGCCGGAGAGCAACUACUUGUUCCUGGGCGACUACGUGGACCGAGGCAAGCAGUCACUGGAGACCAUCUGCCUCUUGCUGGCCUACAAGAUCAAAUACCCAGAGAACUUCUUCCUGCUGAGGGGAAACCACGAGUGUGCCUCCAUAAACAGGAUAUACGGCUUCUACGACGAGUGUAAGAGGCGGUACAACAUAAAGCUGUGGAAGACAUUCACCGACUGUUUCAACUGUUUGCCAGUCGCCGCCAUUGUUGACGAGAAGAUUUUCUGCUGCCACGGAGGGCUGUCUCCGGACCUGCAGUCCAUGGAGCAGGUACGGCGGGUGAUGCGGCCCACCGACGUGCCGGAUCAGGGUUUGCUGUGCGACCUGCUCUGGGCCGACCCCGACAAGGACGUGCUGGGCUGGGGUGAGAACGACCGCGGUGUCUCUUUCACCUUCGGCGCCGACGUGGUCACCAAGUUCCUCCACAAGCACGACAUGGACCUCAUCUGCCGAGCCCAUCAGGUGGUGGAGGACGGGUAUGAGUUUUUCGCCAAGCGGCAGCUGGUGACGCUCUUCUCCGCCCCCAACUAUUGUGGCGAGUUCGAUAACGCCGGCGCCAUGAUGAGCGUGGACGAGACCCUCAUGUGCUCCUUCCAGAUCCUGAAACCUGCCGACAAGAAGCUCUUCUACACCGGCGGAGGCGGCAUGGGGUCGGGCCGCCCUGUCACCCCACCAAGGAAAGCUAAGAAAUGACACCAGUAGGGCGGCCGACCUCCACCUUUGGUCCCCUUCGCUCCUUCCUUUCCUGUCUACCUCUCUUCUCCUUUCUUUCAGUAAACAGCCAGAAAUCCAACCUUUUACCCAGGGCUUUUUUUCCACCCCUUUUUUUUUUAAAUCUGUACUUGUUCAAUGUUUAUGAAUUGUCAAGAGCGAAUGCGCGAGAGGAUUUUCAGAUUUCUACUUUUCCCUUUGUCUCCUGCCACUAUUUACCGCGGCGAUGUCCAAACCAUGGAACGUGCGCGUCGAAAGCAAUUUGACUGAAAAAGCAGGUCGGGAAAUUGUGCGUGCGGGCGAGUAUUUUGUUUCCCCCCCCCGUUUCCGGCGUACUGUAAAAUCUCACGCGUUCAACUCUUCAGAUUCAUAUGAGCCAGAGCUGUAAAAAAGAAAAAAUGAAGAAAAAAAAAAAAAAGCCGGACAGUUUAGGUUUGUACAGAUUUGAUUACUUGAAAGAUUUUUUUGUGAAUUCGUUUUGUAGUCUUUCAUCAAGUUGACCAAUAAAGCGAGAAUCUGAGAUACAGAGUUAAAA